AUGUCCUCAUACAUUCGCAGCCCUGAGUCCUAUAUAAUCAGCCAGCUUUCCCACCCGUCCUUCAACCAAGCACUUCUCCUAUACUCUCACUCUUCACGACGCUGCAAAGCACUCCCAGCCAUCAUGCUGAGCCACACUCUGACCUUUGCCUCCCUCCUGCUUGGUUUAGCCCUCGCCUCCACCCCGGAGACCCUCACCGUCCACAGCUCGCACGGUGCUGACCACCGUGCACUGAUCCAGAGCAUCUACGACGCCAACGGGGGCACUUUCUCGUUGAGCCACCUGGGCGAGCACUUCGAGACGGCCAGCAUCAGCGGGCUGGUCCUCUUCAACUCGACCGCCGAGUACGACCUUCCGUCGUGGUGGACCUCCGCUUCCUCCCCAGUCGGCAACCUCAGCACGGUCCCCCUCACCAGCAGUUCCAACCACCGGCGGCGUGCGGCCGUCAGCUACGCCAACCCGGUGUGCGAGACGCCGCCGACGGACGACUACCGGCUCCUGACAAAGGCGCAGCAGGAGUUCUUGGCCGGGCCCGCAUGCAACGCGCUCAGCUACAUCGCGCCGGACGUCUUCGCGUAUUUCGGGCUGAUCGCCUCCAACGUCAAGUGUGGCGCCGACCUGACCUUCACCUGCCAGGUGGGCAUCACCAUAGCUGCCACCGAGGCCGGCCGCUGGCUGGGCACGGGCAUCCAGAACGCUUGCGCCGAGACCCUGGCCUCCCUCGACGCCGAGUGCCCCGAGGUCGGCGGCGCCUUCGAGGCCACCGUCGCCGCGACGGGCUCGACCUUCGUCGUCUCCGCCACCGCCAACUCGCUCGGCGAGGCCGGCUGCGAUGACCUCUCCGUUUCCACUUCCGUGUGCUAUGCGUACACGUGCAAUGGGGAAUGUAAUCCGGGGAAUGAGUUGCCCUGAAGGGGGAGAAGAAGGGGGGGGAUUAGGAAAUCAGGCGUUUAAACCCCGUUUGGUUGCUAGGGUAUAAAGGGUUGAAUGGUUCUCCUGAGCUCUAGACGAUUUCGUGCAAUGGGCUAAGUAUUUCUGCUGGUAAAUUGGUUUCCAGUCAAAGACUCGUCGACCAAGCCAUCGAGCGCUAGUCUGUCUUCUCCAGCAAAGUGGUCCGGGC